GCUGCUAAGCUGCAGGAGCGACGACGUGAAGAGCGUGCUGAAGCGAAAAGAAUCGAAAAGUUGAAGGGACGUUUUUAUAGGACUUCUCGUGGAGAAAACUGCUCUCAGUGCCACCUGAACGAUUUAUUAUCAUUAUUGCCUUCUUACGCACAUCAUCUGUCGCCGUGUAGCAACACACCCGCUGUGAUUACCGCCAAGCAGCCGAGCUUGUCCGUCAUACACUUUUUUUCCUGGGCUUUACGUUAUUCUUGAUUCUUAGUCAUUGCAAACACCGUCAAUUUUUCUUUCUCAAUAAUUUGCUUUCUUGUACUGAGUUUAUAUAUAUAUAUAUUUAUUACUUCUCUGUUGAGAUUUUAUGUCAAAAUGAAACGAUAAUGGUUGAACUCGUCUCUAACCGUGGAUGUGCAAACGGAGGAAUGCGACCUCUUUAGACACCUCUGGGAGGAAGCGAUUUUGAAAAGUCUGUGGUGUUUUCCAUCGUUCUUCUUGAAGCAAAAACCAAACAACCAAACAAAAAGAAGACGAAUUCGUGUCUAAGCUCCCGAACGCACAGAACUACUUUGAACGAUGCAGCUCCUCCCAUUAUUGUUUAACAUUCGUGAACGUAAAUCCUUCUUUGACUUUCCUACACCCGUGUUGAAACCGUCUCUACGUCUGAACACGACGAGGAGCAGCAGUAGGAGCGACCUUUGUUACCAUUCAGCUUUCCUCUCCAUCCAAACAGUGCUCAUCUGUAUUUUCACGGCUACAAAAGCUCCAGCGACAGCGCAAUCGCCCAGAAAAUGAACAACACUGCUUACUCCACAGCUGACAAGCAGCGCCUCCCGCGUGAUCUGACGCCGCAACAAAAGCAGGACAUCGAAGAGGCUUUCCGCGUGUUAGACGUAAGCGGUGCUCACACCAUCACACCGAACUAUUUGAAGGUGGCGCUGCGCGCGUUGGGCUACGAACCGGACAAGGAUGCCGUGCGCAAGCUUGUCGCGGAGAUGGACCGCGGCGGCGUCUCGAGCAACCUCGUGCUGAGCGAGUUCGAGGACAUCAUGCGCCAGAAGUUCUUUGCGGAGGACAAUGAUGCCGAGCUUGACCUCGCCUUUCCGCUCUUCACGGAUGGCAAGUCGGACUUUAUCACACUGGAUGACCUGAAGAGAGUGGCGGCUGAGGUAGGGGAGGAUAUCCCUGAGGAGGUGCUGCAGGAGCUGAUCCGCGAGUGCGAUGUAAUUGACCGCGACGAUCAAAUCUCACGUGAAGAGUUCAAGAAGAUGCUUACAUCUGAUUAG